GUUAGUUAAUUUUGUGGAAGAACUAAAGAAAAUUGUUAGCCGCCGAAAUUUAUAUAUAAGGUACAAAGUAUAAACCUACUUUUUUGUUUAGACUACCUUAAUUUAAUUCAAUUGUCUGAACCACGUGCAAAUUUAUUUUGUAUAUAUAUACAUGCACACACCACUUGAAUAUAUCAUUCAAGAUAAGUUAGAAGAACAAUUAAGCUGAGUGAAGAAGAUGGCCAUGAAAAUGAAUACCAACAUCUUUCAAUCCCCAAAAUACCCUUCCUUUUCUCUGCCGGCAGUUGUUACUACUAGCCUCCGAUCUCCUAAGCUUUUCACGGCGACUUCUUCGUCUCUUCGCUCUCGUUCAAACAAGGUCGAGAUGAAAGUGAAGAAUUCGCUUCGUAGUCCUUGUCAUGUUCAAACCACACACUCUAUGCCACCACAUAAAAUUGAAACCUUCAAAGCUAUGGAAAGCUGGGUUGAAGACAACGUACUUGUUCACCUUAAACCUGUCGAAAAUUGCUGGCAACCACACGAUUUCUUGCCGGACCCCGCUUCCCCUGACGAGUUUCACGAUCAGGUGAAGGAACUGAGAGAGAGAGCUAAAGAGAUUCCAGACGACUAUUUUGUAGUUUUAGUUGGUCAUAUGAUCACCGAAGAAGCCCUUCCAACGUAUCAAACAUGUCUUAAUACCUUGGAUGGCGUGCGUGAUGAAACAGGUGCAAGCCCUACUCCGUGGGCAGUAUGGAUAAGGGCGUGGACUGCUGAAGAAAAUAGACACGGCGAUCUUGUUAAUAAGUAUCUCUACCUAUCGGGACGAGUGGAUAUGAGACAAGUCGAAAAGACAAUCCAAUAUUUAAUUGGAUCCGGAAUGGGCUCAAGUACAGAAAACAAUCCUUACCUCGGAUUUAUAUACACAUCAUUUCAAGAAAGGGCUACAUUCGUCUCCCACGGCAGCACAGCCAGACUAGCACUGGGCCACGGCGACGUAAAAUUGGCCCAGAUUUGCGGUACAGUCGCUUCUGACGAAAAACGGCACGAAACAGCGUACACAAGGAUAGUGGAAAAGCUAUUCGAGAUUGAUCCCGAUGGAACAGUAAUAGCAUUUGCAGAGAUGAUGAGGAGGAAGAUCACUAUGCCAGCUAGUUAUAUGUACGACGGUGUAGAUGAUAAUCUAUUCGACAACUUCUCGGCUGUUGUGCAGCGGCUAGGUGUCUACACCGCAGCCGACUAUACGGAUAUCGUAGAAUAUUUGGUCGGAAAAUGGAAAGUGGGGAAGUUAAUAGGAUUGUCUCCACAAGGUCAGCAAGCUCAGGACUAUGUAUGUGGGUUGCCGAAACAAAUGAGAAGGUUAGAGGAGAGAGCUCACGAUCGAGCCAAAAAACGACCCGUAAUUCCGUUUAGUUGGAUAUAUGAUAGAAAGGCAUGAAUAAUUAUGUUCAUGUUACGUUUUUAAUUACUUCACUUUAAUAAUUGGUACUAAGUUUGUUUGAUGUUGUUUUUCAUUAUGUAUACGAUAUGGUUUAUACUAAUAAGGGUUCAUUUGGUUAGGGAAAUUAACCAUGAUUAACUAAA